GGAUGUAGAGCCGUUUGAGCCGCCGGCCGUCCGCGGCGAAUCCAACGGACGGCGGCGACGCCGUAUCCCACCCGAGCGCCGAAACCGCCGCGUCGUCCGCACGCGCGUCAGCCCCUCGUCGGCCGCCGCAUUCCCUCGAUUCGCGAGCGUCGGCGGCGAUAACUUCCGCUUACGCGCGCGCGGGAUGGCGUCCACGCUUUGCUCUCCCCGCCACCACGACCGCUCACAUCUCUGCCGCCGCCUGCGCCCCCGCCCCUCCCCUCCCGGCCACGCUCGUCCCCGGAGCGGCGCCGCCGGCCCAUCAGGAUUGAACACCACGAAAUACCUUUGUUCCCACCCAAUGUCCACCGGCAGGGGUUCUCCCGUAUCGUGUUCAUCCGUGGAAGCAUCCAAAAGCAAGCAAGGACCAGAACAUCUCAUUGUUCUGGUUCAUGGUAUCAUGGCAAGCCCCAGUGACUGGACAUAUGGGGAAGCAGUGCUGAAAAAGAGGCUUGGUGAUAAUUUCUUCAUCUAUGCUAGUUCAUCAAACAUCUACGCCAAAUCUUUUGACGGAAUCAAUGUAGCUGGAAGGAGGUUAGCGAAAGAAGUCUUGGACGUGGUUCAGAAGAUGGCCGGCUUGAAAAAGAUUUCCUUCAUAGCACAUUCUUUGGGUGGUUUGUUUGCUAGAUAUGCUAUUUCUAUACUAUAUUCACAGCAAGCAAAAGAAACUGGAAGUGGUGCUGGUGUCAUGCUGACAAGUGGAGGAUCUGAAAUAUCACGCACUUCAGGAUUAGGUGCCAUUGCUGGGUUGGAGCCAACUAAUUUUAUUACAUUGGCAACCCCACAUCUUGGUGUUAGAGGAAAAAAUCAGCUUCCAUUUCUUCAAGGGCUGUCAAUUCUAGAGAAACUUGCAGCACCUUUGGCACCCUUCAUUGUCGGACGCACUGGUGCUCAACUCUUUCUCACUGAUGGCGAACCUAGCAAGCCACCUCUCCUUCUACUAAUGACAUCUGACCACGAGGACAAAAAGUUCAUAUCUGCACUAGCAGCUUUUAAGAACCGCAUUCUGUAUGCUAAUGUUUCAUAUGACCAUAUGGUUGGUUGGAAAACAUCCUCAAUAAGGAGAGAAUUGGACCUUAGAAAGCCCUUGCGUCGUUCAGUUGAUGGCUACAAGUACAUUGUGAAUGUGGAAUACUGUUCGCCUGUGUCGUCCGACGGUCCCCAUUUUCCUUUGCGGGCAGCCAGAGCUAAAGAAGCUGCACAAAGUACACCGAACAUGGAAAAUACCCAGGAAUAUCACCAGAUGAUGGAGGAGGAGAUGAUUCGUGGGUUGCAGAGAGUGGGUUGGAAGAAAGUAGAUGUGAACUUCCAUGCAUCAAUGUGGCCUUACUCUGCUCACAACAACAUGCAUGUUAAGAAUGAGUGGCUUCACAAUGCGGGUGCCGGUGUGAUCGCCCACGUCGCAGACAGCUUGAAACAGACAUGUCUGCCCUCCAGCCUGUGAGAUUCACACCUGGGAUGCUGACUUUCGCCACGGUUAGGUCUACAAGGAAUUAGUGAUACAUCUUGUUGUAGACGGUUCGCAAGUCAGUUGCAGAGGCAGGUGCCGGCACAAACUGGAAAUGAAAAAAGAAGAACGGGAUGAUAUUUCUCAUUCGGAAGAUGAUUGCCACGACUCGUGCUGGAAGCAAAUGGUAUUUUAGAUGAUAUUACGCCGCAGAUAGGUGUGAAGUGUUCGUAGCUAUGGUGGAUUAUGCUAAUAUUGAGAGAGGCCGUACUGGGAAUGUAACACCGCGGUUGACCUGGAAAACCCAGGCAUUUUAACACUGAGGCCUGUUUUUGCUGGUGUCCCGUCCAACAAGAAUGAACAUAUGGAGGUGGUACUGAGAGUUGACGGAUGCUGAAGCAAUGUAAGCAUUCUUGUUACUAGUCAGGUUGCUGCAUUGACCGUUCCAUACUGAACUUGAA